GUAUGUAACUUUUAUAAAAAAUAUAUAUUUUUUGGAGGCAGUGCUUCUGUAUGUGUUCCUCUUUUACAUCAGAUAAUAACCCAGCCCUGGAGGAGCAUACAGUCUAGCUGUCACUAUAAAUUGUUGAAGCAGGUUGGAAUUUUGAUUCUGAAGACUCUGAGGUGACUGAAGUUUCCUUGCUGCGCUGCAUCUUGUCAUCAGUCAUUUGAUCCUUCAUUUCAAGAGUUUUGGUGACCAUCUGCUGAUCCUGCAAAACCUCUGAAACAAUGGCAGACAAUUCCUCAGAAGAAGAGAAAAAACCAAAGGUGUUCAAUGAUCCCAUUCAUGGCACCAUUGAGCUGCAUCCAAUCCUUGUCAAAAUCAUCGACACUCCUCAGUUUCAGCGACUUCGAAACAUCAAACAGCUUGGCGGAAAAUAUUAUGUUUAUCCUGCAGCGUCCCACAACCGCUUUGAACACAGCAUUGGGGUGGCACAUUUGGCUGGAGAACUUCUUCAGACUCUCAAAGAGAAGCAGCCAAAUCUUGGAAUUGAUGAGAGAGACAUCCUUUGUGUGCAGAUUGCUGGACUUUGCCAUGACCUGGGACAUGGACCAUUUUCCCACAUGUUUGAUCAAAUGUUUAUACCCAGAGCACGUCCUAAUUAUGCCUGGAGCCAUGAGAAGGCAUCUCAAGAAAUGUUUGACCAUCUGGUGAAAGAAAAUAGCUUGACAGCAGUCAUGGUGGCCCACGGCCUGGUGCAACAAGAGGACCUGCCCUUUAUAAAGGAGCUGAUUGAUCCUCCAAAGAUUGCUCAGUGGCCACACCAUGGCCGUCCUAAAGAGAAGGCCUUCCUCUACGAAGUUGUGUCCAACACAAGGAACAAGAUUGAUGUGGAUAAGUGGGAAUAUUUUGCUAGGGACUGCCAUCAACUGGGUAUGCAGAACAACUUUGACUGCCAUCGCUUGAUUAAAUUUGCCAGAGUGUGUGAAGUGGAUGGGAUGAAUCAGAUCUGUUACAGAGACAAGGAGGUGUUCAAUCUGUACAACAUGUUCCACACAAGGUUCUCUUUGCACAAAAGAGCCUACCAGCACAAAGUGGGCAACAGCAUAGAGUGGAUGAUCACAGAUGCUUUUCUGGAAGCAGAUGGACGCAUCUUUGACAGCAAGGAUGGGAAGAAGUGCAAUCUCUCCAAAGCUAUUGAUGACAUGGUGGCAUAUACUAAGCUGACAGAUGCUGUAUUUCAUGAGAUAUUGAACUCCUCCUCUGUGGAGCUUCAAGAGGCACGGAAAAUACUGGAAAGGAUAGUGAAAAGAAACCUCUACGUGUGUCUGGGGGAAUUUUCAUCAGAUAAGAGACUGGACGAAAUGAAGAAUCAGUGGAACGUGCAUGUCGGAGAGGGAAACGAAAAAUAUUAUGUUGUGGAAUCAGUCAAGUACAACUAUGGAAUGAAUGGAGAAGACCCAAUACAACACGUGAGUUUCUACACCAAGCAAAACCCAGACGUAGCCAAUCCUAUUGACAGAGCUCAGGUAUCUUUACUUCUUCCAGGCGUGUUUGAAGAGAAGAAGUUUAGAAUCUACACUAAGAGAACAGAUGAUGGCGAUGUGAAGGCUGACAGAGACCGCUACAGAGCAUUUCUAGAUCUGCUCGCACAACCAGCUCAACCCUGAGACGGUAAUCAUGGCUCCGGUUCUGAAGCCUCUGAAACUUCUGAAAGAAAGAAAUUUUAUUCUUGUCAAUAAGUAUAACCAUGCAAAAAAUUUAAAUGGGUUUGUAAAAGUGCAGACAAACUGUUUUUGCAGUUAAAGAGGUUUGAAAGUUAAUCUUAUAUGACUUUAUUUUUUCUUAAAGGUGAAUGUUUUGAUUAACAUAGACAAUAUUUACAUAUCAAGAAAUACAGUAAAAAAGAUACAUUUGAAACUUUAUUCUAAUAUUUGAUUUGUCAUUUGUGUUUGGUGUUUGGUAUGUGGGUAUUUGAUUUAUUAGUUUUAUUCAUACUUCAUCAAUUAGUUUUGGUAAAUUAGGUUUGUUGUCAUCACCUUCCAGGUCUGUUGACAUUACAAAUAUGUCUUUGGGUGUCAUUUAAAUACAACAUUAUUCUUGACUAAAUGUGUAAUAGUGCCAUUCAAUCUGGACUUGAAUGUGUAAAAUUUUCUCAGGAGUGGUGAGAAUGUAAUCAUUUUAACAAACUUGUUUUAAAAUAAAUUGUGAGAUGUCA